GGUUGUCGUCCAACCAUGCUGGUCCUCACUGUCUUUUUAACAUCUUCACCUUCGUCACCCUCUUGGGCAAAGCUCGUCGGCGCGUCUCCCCCUCCGACAUCCUUCUCCUCAACCUGACAGCCGCCGACCUUCUCCUCCUCCUCUUCCUCCCUUUCAAGAUGGCCGAAGCGGCUGUUUGGCCCUUACCGGCUGUCCUUUGCCCGGUGGCCAACUUCUGCUUCUACUCCAGCAUCUAUCUCAGCAGCCUCUUCUUGGCAGCCCUCAGCGUUGAGCGAUAUCUCGGCGUUGUCUUCCCCCUCCGGUACAAGGAUCGGAGAAGACCGAGGCGGGCGAUGGCCGCCAGCGUUGUCCUCUGGCUCUUGGCCUGUUCCCAUUGCUCCAUCGUCUUUGUGGCCCAGUAUCACGGUGGUAGGAACCAGACCACGGCCAACAGGUCCACGUUCAUCGGCUCUGAUGGUUCCGCAGUCAAUGGCCCCAAGACUUCCAAGCCCAACAUCUCCAAAAUCUCUACCCCCAACAGCGCCAACAUCCAGGACAUCUCCAGCCCUGCCAAUGUCUCCCAGACCUCCAACAUCCCCACUGCAUCACUUGGUGAUGGCUCCAACACCACCAACGCCUACAAGUGCUAUGACGACUUCUCCGAGGACCAGCUGAGCUUUGUCCUCCCGCUACGCCUGGAGCUCUUCCUCGUCCUCUUCCUCCUGCCCUUCGCCGUCACCAUCUUCUGCUACAUCAACUUCGUGCGGGCUCUCCUUGCCCGGCCAAAUAUCCCACUGGAGAAGAAGCAACGAGCUGUGGGUUUGGCCGUGGCCACCAUGGUCAACUUCGGUGUCUGCUUUGCGCCUUACAACAUCUCGCACGUGGUGGGCUUUGUGGAGAAACGGAGUCCAGACUGGAGGGUCUACGCUUUGCUCCUCACCAGCCUCAAUGCCGCUCUUGACCCUGUCAUCUUCUACUUCUCCUCCACGGCGGUGCAGAGGGCCAUGGCUGGGGUGGUGGUGGCUGUAUGGGACAAGCUGAGGGCUGUGCUGGGCUGCUGUUAUGGGGCAUGUUCUCCUGAGGUCUCCCAGG